UUCUGCGCCGCGGUUGAACGCGCAGAUUUUCGUGAACGAAGUCAUUUACUGAGGUCAGUAGCAGGAAUCCUUGUAAACCAACCAGGAACAGACUGGGAACUGAAUACACCAUCUGGUGCGCAUAGCAGCAAAGCGCGUCAGGCUUCGGCACUACGGCUACCACCGUCCGCCACUACGCAGUUAAAUUCAACUUCUGUACCUGUCCAAGCGGAUGGUCGUUUGAAUACCACAGACAAUGCGUCAACCGGAUCACAUUUUACUUCAAUCGUAAAAGAUCUUCCUACGCUGAGGAACAUUGUCAUUUUCAUCGGUGUGUUCACUGCAUUCGUAAUCACUUGCCUGGUCGUGAGAGUAUACAGAUCAGGAAAGAAGGUCAGGAAAACAAGAAAAUACGACAUAAUAACGACAUCCGCCGAGCGAGUGGAAAUGGAUCCGUUAAAUGAAGAGAUCGAUGAGGAGGACUCGACUCUCUUUGAUGUCAAGUACAGCCGUGUCCAGCCUGCCUUUCGCCGGCCUCCCAGUCCAGCCCUGUCCAGUCCUGAUCUCCUCCUGGUCCUGCUCGGCCCUGCUCCAGCUCCAGUCCGGUCUUGCCUCAGUCCUGUUCGGUCCUGCUCCUGUUCCUGCUCGGUUCUGGUCCAGUUCCGGUCCUGCUCCAGCUCCAGCCAACUCCUACCCUGCUCUGUUUGGUUACCACUCAAUAAACCGGUUGCUUUUCUCCUAAGCCUCUGUGUUGGAGUUCUGCGUUUGGGUCCAGCAUUACACAUCGUGACAGAGUUAGAAUUAGUUUUAGGAGUAAUUUAUUAUUUUUUAAAAUUAAAAACAUUGGUGCCCAAUGCGGGGCUGAGUAUGUCCAAUUCCCACCCUAAUUUGGAAUUUUCAAUUGACUAUUUGUAUCCGUCUUCAUGCGCAAUCUCCACUGUUGAUUUGGAAGAGUGAAAACAUCCACGGUUCUCCUCCAAAAUACAUGGUGUCAUCAGCCUGCUUCUUGUCGCACUGCAGCAAACCGCUAAGCUCGUCCGACUCAAAUCGAGACAUCUCAUAUGCAACUUUGGCUUGCAGUCAGAUUUGAUCCAAGAUCGUAGGGCAUAUCCAUGUCAUGGCCGUUUAAACAAAAUGAGCCAGCCAGAAGCCCUCUCUGUUGUCUUUUAUUCUAUAACACCAAAAUGAGUGUUGUGGUGAAGACAACCUUUUCAAGAUUCCAAAAGAGAAGAAAAAUAAUGGCAGUAAAGUGAGAAAGUGAGCCAAUGCAUAUGAGUCAUCAGGUGUCAGAGUGAGUGUCAGAGCGAGGAUCAGAAUGGAGUCAGGGCUAGAAUGGGAGUCAAAGCAAGAAUCAAAGUAGAAGUCGAAACAGGAAUCAGAGUGGGAGUCAGACUGUACCUGAUCACACUGGAGAGGGUCCUGUUGAAGUUCCACCUAGAGGAAGAGGGCUUCAUCCUCCUGCUUGAAGGAAAGCUGUUACUACCCUCCAGAUUGGUUCACAGGGUGGGAGUGGGCUCCAUGGCAAGUGUCAGAAUCAAGGAUGAGAUAAGGUCUCCACUAAACCUGUCACCAAGGAAAAUCUAAACUUAAUACAAAACAAUGCUGGUUAUGCUGUCGAAGGUACACUGCAUGGCCAAAAGUAUGUGGACACCUGACAUCCAUACUUAUGGGCAUUGAUAUGGAGGUGGUCUACCCUUUGCUGCUAUAACAACAUCCACUCUUCUGGGAAAGCUUUAUACUAGAUGUUGCGGCAUUGCUACACGGAUUUGCUUCCAUUCAGCCAGAAGAGUGUUAGUGAGGUCGGGCCCUGAUUGGGCGAUUAGACUUGCCUCACAGUUGGAUUACUAAUUGAUGCCAAAGGUGUUUGAUGGGGUUGAGGACAGAGCUCUGUGCAGGCCAGUCUUACACACCGAUCUGAUGUGCCCAGGGGCAACAUGAAAGGGCUUUCCCCAAGCUAUUGCCACAAACUGGGAAGCACAAAAUUGUCUAGAAUGCCACUGCAUUUGCCUUCAGCAGAACUAAGGGGCCUAGCCUAAACCAUUAAAAACAGCCCCAGACCAAGGGGUGUUCAAAUACUGGUGGUCAUAUAAUACGGAGCAUCGCGUAGUUCUGGCAGGCCACGAGAGUCAAGCGCUUCGGCUGAAUCAGCUGAUGGCUCAGCUGAGUGAUGUUCGCCUAUCACAGUACAUUCACUAACAGGGCGGUCUAC